GUGGCGGUCGCCUUCGUGGCGCGCCGCGUCUACCGGCGGCUGCGCGGGGGCUCGGCGCCCCCCCGGGGCGGCGCGGGCGCGGCGGGGGGGGCUUGCCGGCCGCCCCUCCUGGGCAUCUUCGAGGAGCGCUGCUUCGACGGCCUGCGGGGGUGGCGCGGGUCCCGCUCGCGCUGCGGCGGGCGGCAGGGGCGCGGCUCCUGGCUGGGGUGGUGCAAGGAUGGACGUGUGUGCUCCGAGCAAGCCGCCGGGCGCGGUGGAGGUCUCCGGCUUCCUGUUGGGCUUCGCCACGUGGUGUGCGCUGCCUCCCGACCUGAUCUUGGUGGCGCUGGUUCUUGCGUCGCCCCGAUUCAUGGACCGGCUCCUGGACAGGUGCGAGCUCAGCACCGGCGUGCUCACGGCCCGGUCCUGGCGCCCGCUCCUCACCGUGUGCCUGCUGCUGGCCUCGAAGAUGUGGGAGGACUGGUGCGUGUGCAACGCGGAGGCGGCGCAGUUCACCGGCUACGCCUGCGAGAGCCUGCUCUGCUGGGAGCUGGCGGCCCUGGAGAUGCUCGGCUGGCACGCCAACAUCUCGGCCGACGUGUUCGCGCCCUACUUUUGGGCCGUCGAGCGGUCACGCCUGGAUGGGCCGGGCAGACGAGAGGAGUGGCCUGGGCACCUCUCGAGGAGCCGCCCCCGCGGGGGGGCUGGGCGCCCGGGCCGGCGGGCGCCCGGACGCGCUGGAGCGGCCGCCGCUGGAGGAGGCCCGCGGGUCGACCAGGGGGUGCCCGCAGGCGGUCCGCUCGGCGGCCGCGAGGCGGAGGCGUGCGCCCGCCGCGGAGGGCGUGGCCACCGCGCUGGCCAGGAGGGGUGGUCCGUUGGAGUCGAUGGACCAGGUGCGCCGAAGGGUGGACAGCAUGGGCAGCUUCGGGGAGGUGAAGCUGGCGAUGCGCGAAGACAAUGAACAGAUGUAUGCUGUCAAGGUCUUCGGGCACGCCCCUCGCUCGUGGCUCAGGGCCUCGGACCUGCUCACCGAGUCGUUCGUGCUCAACGGUGUCGGCGCGUCGCUUUGCCACCCCAACGUGGUCAGCUUCCUGGAGUACGUCGUCGACGAGAGCCGGUUCCUCGAGGGGCGAGAGCAGUUCGUCCUGCCGGUGAUGGAGCUGCUGAGAGGUCCAGACCUGUUCGACUGGCUGCAGGUGCGCCAGCAGCGCGCGCUCCAGGGCCUUGCGCCGUGGAUCAGCCGCUCGGAGGCGGCGAGCAUCGCCCUGCAGGUCGCCAGCGCCCUCGCGUACAUCCACGGCAACGCGCCGGCGCUGGUCCACCGGGACGUGAAGCCAGAGAACCUCCGCUGGGCCUCGGCAGCCGCCCUGGACGCCAAGGCUCCUAGGCUGGAGCAGUCUCUUGCCACAGGGGACUCGGAUGCGUUGUCCGCGGGGCCACUGAAGCUGGUUGACUUCGGCACGGUCUACGUCGAGGGCUACCAGGAUGCGCUGGAGGGUCUGCUGGUGGUGGGCACCCCGCUGUACAUGGCCCCAGAGGCGUUCCAGGACUGGGAGGAGCACGCCAAGGGGGACGAGGAGGCGGUACCCAUGAAUGGCGGCGCAACGUUCAGAUCGCAAGUGGUCGAGCCCGCGGCGUUCAGCUUCGCCUUGCUCGUACUGUGGCAGAUGCUCAUCGCCGAGAUGGUGGAGUCGAUCUUGCUGCUCAGCUUGGACCUUGGCUGCCCUGGCGCCCGCAGGGCCUCCGACAGGGCUGAGAUGACGCGGCUUGGGCACGGAGCCGCCCCCUCCAUGCCCUUGUCUUGGGACGCACUCGGCCAGGUCAUCGGGCCGCGCGGCAGGUUCAGCAGCAGGGAGAAGGCCGCGGUGGUGAGCUACCUGUCCAACGCCCACUGGCCGCAGACUCGGCUCUUCGCGGCUGGUGAGCGGGGCCACCCUCGCUGCUGCGCCUGCGGCGAAUUCUUCGGCGCGAUGGAGGUCGUGAGAGAGCUCUCCAGGUGGAUCGCGCAGGCCUCGAUCGUCUGGCAGGACAUGGACUCCAAGGGCUGCGAGGGCCUUCCUGAGUGCGACGAGCGAAGGACUGCUGUAACCUUCGCGGUCCCGCUGGAGGAGCGUGCUGACGGCCCGCGGGCGGCUCCCGUGAACGCGUCGGGUGCCCCGCCCGCCGCCGUGGGGGCCCGCGGGGAGCAGGCCGGCAGCCGCCCCGCCGCUGUCGGCGCCUGGGCCUCGGCGGCGCGCGACGGAGGAGUAGCGCUGGGCGCCCUGGUCUUCGCCGUCGCUGGGCACGCCCUCGCGCGCGCCAGGUGCGGUGAGGGCGGCGACCAGCAGGAGAUCAUUGCGUGCGGAGCGUAUGCGAGGCUUGGCGGACGCCCUGGCCCGCAGCCCAAGCUCAGGGAACGCUGUCCUGGCGCAGCGGGCCUCCCCAGGUCGCUGCGGGGCCAGAAGUCGCGGUGGGGGCGUGGCCUCCGCCCUGGGGGCACGCCGCGCGCCCGCGACACGCGGGGGAAGGGGGCGGAUGCCCACCGCCUUCGCAUGGAGGCCGAGGUGCCGCAGGACGCCAGGGUGCGCUUCCUGAAGUGGCUUGGAGUCCAGCCCGAUGCCCCAGCAGGCGUCGAGGGCAGCGCCUCGGUGGCAGACGCUGCUGGGGGCGGCGCUGGCGAUGCGGCCCCCUCCUCGACAGAGCUGCCCGCUGCGGCUGGAGGCGCUGCGGCGGGGGCGGGUUCGCGGCAGGCCUGGCUGGAAGCCUACGGCCUCGAUGAGGAGAGCCUGCUGAGCUGGGCUGAGGAGGCCGAGGAGGCCCGUCUUGAGCGCCAUAUCAGGAGGCGGCGCAGAGAUGACGGAGAUGGAGGAGAUUGA